AAUUUUUUUUUUUAAAAAAAAAUUGUUUUAGAGAGUAAGAGAGUUUGAGAGUUAGAGAGAGAAGUAAAGAAGUGAGAAAUGUUGGUCGGGAAGGAAAAAACCAUUUAUAUAUUAGGGGUAAAAUUGGAAUUUCAAGAAAAAAGGGAGCGUUACCCGGUAAAAUGGGAGCGACAAAUAACAACACCCUUCUAUAUUCCUAAUGUCCUAUGUAUAUUCCUUAAAAAAAAAAAAAAAUCCUAUACAGUAUACACUUACCAACCUCCAAUCAACAAUGGCGGAUUCCAUUGACCCAAAUUUCCACCAAAAACCCCUCCUCGUAAUCAACCGUAUACCCUCUUUCAAAUUCCGCUUCGACCACCGCCUCACACCCACUUUCACCAUCGUAGACCCCAUCACCGCCGUCGGCACCGACUCCUCCGCCGCCCACACCUUCCUCCGCCACAACGCCGCCGCCGCGCGCGCUGUCCUCUGCAUCGGACCUUCUCCAUUGAUAAAGGACACCUUAGAUUGCCUUCCUUCUUUGGAAUGCGUUGUCGCUCACUCCGUUGGUUAUGAUCAUAUUGAUUUAUCUGAGUGUCGUCGCCGGGGAAUCUCCGUCGCUAAUGUUGGUGACGCCUUUUCGGAUGAUGUUGCUGAUUGCGCUGUCGGGUUGUUGAUUGACGUGCUUCGUAAGGUCUCCGCUGCUCACCGCUUUGUUCGGGCCGGGUCUUGGCCCGAACAAGUGGCUUUUCCUCUUGGGUCUAGGUUAGGUGGAAAGCGAGUAGGCAUAGUCGGCCUUGGAAGCAUUGGUUCUCGGGUUGUAAAGAGACUUAUUCCACUUGGUUGCAGCAUUGCAUACACCUCUAGGCAGAAGAAACCCUCGGUUUCUUUUCCCUACUACGCCUAUGUCUAUGACUUAGCACUUGACUGUGACAUUCUCAUCCUGUGCUGCUCAUUAACCAAUCAAACCCGCCACAUGAUCAAUGAGGAUGUCUUGAAUGCAUUAGGAAAGGAAGGAGUAGUCAUUAACAUCGGCAGAGGGGACCUAAUUGAUGAGAAAGAACUUGUGCAGUUUCUGGUGGAUGGCAGAAUCAGAGGGGCUGGUCUUGAUGUGUUUCAGAAUGAGCCCUAUGUUCCUAAAGAAUUGUUCAGCUUAGAUAAUGUCGUCCUCUCCCCUCAUCAAGCUGUCUUGACUCCGGAUUCCUUCAUGGCCGCAGAAGACAUUUCUGUAGCAAAUUUGGAGGCCUUCUUUUCCAACAAGCCCUUAGUUUCUCCUAUAAGUUGGGAUUAGUUGCAGUCAUAUACUGUACAUUUUGUCAUGAAAUCGUUGUAUCAAUUGUAUUAGCAAUAAAAUGUAUUUGUUCAGGGAUAAAUAAUGAGGGCUGCCCCGUUUUUCUCUUUGAUUGACAAAAUUUGUCAAUCUAUUUUGUCAUCUAAGCA